CAAGACUAUAAGAUUAUUUGUCUAGAACCUCCGAAGGCGGCCACGAGUUUUCACGGUAUUCAAUAAGUAAAAGAAGCCGUGCCUGUGUUGUCAUUCCGGUGUUGCAGUGAAAACUCGCCCCAGCCUGCGCCGGUGAGACGCUCAUUAAGAAGAGCAGUGAGUGACGGUACAGUGGUGCGACACAAGAGGUCGCCAUCACACAAGCUCACCGCUCACAAGCAGCCAAGCACAACAGCAACAACGUUAUAUAACUGGAGUAAGGUGGAAAUGAACAAAGGGCAGUGUUAAAAGUAGAGUAAGAGUGGUUUAAAUUAAGUUUGAAGAUCCACACCUCUGGCUUUCACUCGGCUCGCUGUUUGUCCUCCAUCUGACGCACCAAAGCAAACUGAACCCGAGACCUCGCAGCCAACAUGAACCUUUUCUGCUUUUCUCUGGAGGGAUCUAUGGACAGCCUGUACGAGGUGGUGCAGAGCUCCAGCGACGGCCCACCGCAGCCUGUCCCAAGCCGCUCCUCCAGCCGCUCCUGCAGCCGCUCCUGCAGCCCAGCAGUCUUGCUGGAUGAUGGCACAAAGUGGCGAGGCUCUGGAAGAUCUAUAUCCAUGGAGAUGCCUCAGACGCAGAGAGCCAACUCGAACAAGAAGAAAAGAAGAACACAUGUAUCCAAAUCUGCAUCAGAUAAUGAAACACUAGAUAACCCCAGCUGUAAUACUGCAGUGUGGCAGCAUGCCAGGAGCAGAGCAGAUUUAGUUCACAUCACCAACAAUCACAAUGAAGAGAUGCGAAAGACGAAACACAGGACAGAAACCAGAGGUGGGAAAGGAAGCCAUCAUUCUGGCACCAAGAAAAAGGAGAAACUGACUUCAAGCCAGAGUGUCCAUGCCAAUGGAGUGGCAACAGAGUCCAAAGCUGCUGUCAGGAGAAACCCCAAAAACAACAAGAAAGCAGGCGGGAAAAGUGGGAAAGAAGGGACAAAGAAAACAAACAGCUCCAGAGUGUGCUCCCCACCUGGCAUGAUGAGCCCACAGAUGGGACACCACUUUCCCGAAGUGCCAUACAGAUCAGACAGGAGGCCCUACCCGGGUAAAUUCUCCACCCUCCCCUCUCAGGAGAACACAACCCCGGGGCGAUGCCCCGACAUGGCCAGCCUUCCCGGUGGAGCGACCCCCACCCACCACCAGCGCUGGAGUAACCCUGCUGACAGCAGUAUAGCCUGGGGGAACGUACAGCACACCUGCCGCAGGCCUCUCACAGAGUAUCGCGUGUACUCCCAUGACUUCAUCACGGCGCACGUGAAGGAGUGGGAAGGAAGACAGGAGCAGCGGCAGGCAGUGGUCCAGGAUGGCAGCUUGAAGCAGGACUGUAAACCUGAGAUUCCCCCAAGGGUGCCGCGAUCUAUCACUGAUGUGGACCUGUCAGAACCAAAUGUAAGUUUAAUGCUGAUGGCCACACAGUACUGGGACUGAUUUUA